AUGUCUACUUCUACUAUGGCUCGAAUCAAGGCCCAGGCGUCUAAUAUCAACGGUAGCCCCUCCAUCCUUGACUACGAACUCGAUCAUACCAAAUUUGAGGUGCCAAUCUGGCUCCGUAUCCCCCCAGAGCUGCGCGACGCCCUCCUCGCACUUGAGCAAAAAGCCAUGGCCACCAUCGCUACCAUGAAGAAGUUGAUGCUGCGGCGCGGCGACCGCUUCAACUGUCUGUGCUCUCCCGAUCACGCCUUCUUCGACCGACAUGCCCAAUCUAUGGAGCACCUCCUGGGAUGGAAAGAGGAGUGGAACCUUAUCAACCCCACCCUCGCAGUCUCAGCCAAGAUCCCCCAGCAGGCUCUUAGAAUCUUCGUCGACGAGGGCGCCUACGCCAGACUCUCCCACCAGUACACCCAACUGGUGGGCGCCUACCUUGAGGGACAGUUCUUCAACUGGUGCCAGGCCCGCAACGGGGUCAUCCACCUGGCCCACCGUCUCAUGUGCAACCCUCGAAGCCUUAAGUAUAAUAACCCAAACGACUACAAGGAAUUCAACAAGUGGUUCAGCAAGGUUUUUCUCAGCGCCAUGUUCCAGUGGGAGUCUUGCCUGAACGCCUUGGUCCUGCCCACCUAUGAGGAAACCAUCAUGGAUCUCCGACACAUGAUCUACGAACGCGUGGACAACAGCAUGGGGUUCGAGGGGAACUUUUACAUCCCCCUGUGA